AAGAUAAAACCCGAACAAUAGUUUAAGAUGUAAAACAUGCCUUCGAGUCAACUAUGAUAUUUUUUUUUUAGAGAGUACAGCCUACAUGAAACGAGUAUUUAGUAUAUUGUAACCUAAACGUAAGCUAGUAGUGUGUAGCCUUCACUGAGAUAAUUGGUUCUCUGUUUCACUUUUGGCGAAUGUAAACAAAGAAACGGGAACCGUCUCUACGAGCUAUUUAAUUAAGUUUUUACUGGUUCAAACUUUUGAUAAAUAGGUCAGUUGUUAUCUAGUGUCAUCUCUGGUAGCAACAAUGUUUCCUUUGCUAAGUGUAUUACCACAAACUAUGCAUCAACAUGCGAGAAAGUUAUUGGUGCAAAAGGCUAAACAUGGUAAAAGCGUUCUGCAGCAAGCAUCAACCAAAAAACUGUCAACAGCUUCUGUCACCUCAACUCCUAUGCAAGAAUUCACAAAUGACGAUAUAAAGAGCCACGAAGAACUGUAUCGGUUAAGCCUCGAAAAGCCCGACUAUUUUUGGGGCAAGCUUGCACGAUCUCGUCUACAAUGGAUGCGGGAUUUCGGACUGGUCAAGGACUGCAAUAUGCAGACUGGGCACAUCCGAUGGUUCCUGGAUGGGAAAAUAAACGCUGCUGUGAACUGUGUUGAUCGUCAUGCAGCCAAGGAUCCUAAUAGGCUUGCCCUGAUCUGGGAGAAAGAUGAACCUGGCACUCAGGAGUAUGUCACAUACAGAGAGCUCCAAAUAAUGGUGUGCAAGAUGGCAAAUGUCCUUACAAACCAUGGGGUCAAAAGGGGGGACCGUGUGGCCAUCUACCUGCCCAAAACUCCGACAGCAGUGGUGGCCAUGUUGGCCUGCGCGCGCAUCGGAGCCAUACACAGCGUAGUGUUUGCUGGGUUCUCAUCAGAGGCCCUGGCAGGGAGGAUUAUUGAUGCCCAAGCUGAGACUGUGAUAACUGCUGAUGAGGGGGUUAGAGGAGGCAAGAAAAUACCCCUGAAGAAGAUGGUUGACAGUGCUGUCAAGAUGUGCGACAGCGUGAAGCGUGUGUUUGUGUACCAGCGGACAGGAGGGGACGUACCUAUGUCAUCCAUUGAUAUCCCACUUGAAAAGGAACUGGCGGCGGCCUCAGAUACGCAUCACCCAAUGGCUUUUGACAGUGAGGAUGUGUUGUUUAUGCUGUAUACCUCUGGAUCCACGGGCAAGCCAAAGGGCGUCGUUCACACACAAGGCGGGUACCUGCUAUAUGCCAAUGUCACCAUGAAGCAAGUAUUUGACUACCGCGAAGGAGAACUGUUCGGGUGCGUGGCUGACAUUGGCUGGAUCACGGGGCACUCUUACGUCGUGUACGGUCCACUUAGCAACGGGGCAACCACCCUACUGUUUGAGAGCACACCCACAUACCCAAACCCUGGCAGGUACUGGGAGAUGGUUGAAAGACUGAAGCUGAACCACAUCUACCUUGCGCCCACUGCACUGCGCACGCUGCUCAAAAAUGGUGACUCCUGGGUCACCAAGUAUGACCGCUCCUCUCUCAGAAAGCUUGGCUGUGUGGGUGAGCCACUGAACCAUGAGGCUUGGGAGUGGUACUAUCAUGUGGUGGGCGAGGGAAAGUCGGACAUCGUCGACACCUGGUGGCAAACAGAGACGGGUGGUAUAGCAAUUAGUCCCCGCCCUUCGGCCCCAGGGGCUGAAAUCAGGCCCGCCAUGCCCAUGAGACCGUUUUUCGGCAUUGAUCCAGUUCUCAUUGAUCCUGUGACACGGGAAGAGUUUACAACUGGAGAAGCCAGGGGUGCAUUGUGUAUUCGUCGGCCCUGGCCAGGCAUGGCGAGGACUAUAUAUGGCGACCACCAGCGCUUCUAUGACACUUACUUCAAAGACUACCCAGGGUUGUAUUUCUCUGGGGAUGGGGCUCACAGAACGGAGGAAGGUUACUACCAGAUCACAGGCCGCAUGGACGAUGUGGUCAAUGUAAGCGGCCACAGACUGGGCACUGCAGAAAUUGAGGAUGUCAUUGAUGACCAUGCUGACACCGCAGAAUCUGCAGUGGUAGGGUUCCCACAUGAGAUCAAGGGGGAAGGCAUCUAUGCGUUUGUUGUGCUGAAGGACAACGUCACUAAGGAUGAGGCUGAGCUGGCGUCUGACCUGCGACUCAUGUGCAAAGCCAAGGUGUCCUCCUUUGCUCAACCUGAUGUUAUUAUUUUCACACCAAGUCUUCCUAAAACACGCUCAGGGAAAAUCAUGCGAAGAAUCCUGCGCAAGAUUGCUGCCAAUAAACCAGACGAGUUAGGGGACGUGUCAACGCUCCUCGACCCUUCCAUUGUGGACAUUCUCGUGCAGAAACAUGAACUAUUGAUGAAAUCAAAAUCUUAAGGUACCUCAAUAUUUAGGUAUUUAGGUGACAGGACAAGUACCGGUAUAUUUCAUAAGAUGACUUGCAUUUAAACAAUCGCUUGAAAUUAAUGAGAUGUUUUACAGAAUAUUUGUAUGUUAGUAAAGUACUUUACAAGGUAAAAUUGAUAGAUGAUGCAGAUUUUGUUAAUGUUUUAUAUAACAUUUGUAUUUUGUGAUAUUAUGAUGUAUUUACAGGGAAUUUGAAACACGUUUAUAUAACAUUUGAGGUGUAAUAAAUAUAAUUUUUGAAUUGUUAUUGUCACGGUACCGAACUUAAGUGGGAUUGGUGAAAAGAUGUGUGGCAUUCGCCCUGUAAGCGAGGUGUCCCGGGUUCGAGUCCCGGACUGGCUGCACACUUUUCACCGCCCGGCGACAUUAUGUUAUGUGUUAAUGCUGUGAAAUUUAUUAAAUAAAUCCAUAAAAUUUGCAUGAAUUUUAUAGGCAGCUAUUUAAGGAACACGGAUAAUGUAUCAUGAAAGUUUAUAAGCUCAUGACAUUUAAUUGUCAAACAUGUUAUAAUGUUAUACACAUUGUGAAUGGCAUUAUAAUGAUAUACUUAAGGGCCACAUAAUAAACUUUAAGUAUAACAGGAAAAACAAGAGCAAGAAGAUAUUUGAUUUCGAUAAAAUAAUAAUUCCGUAACGCUUAUUAGAAUAACUGUAUGUAUAUAAUUAUAUAUUCAUGCUAUGCAGAUUGAUUACUUAAAUGACAGAUUUGUCAGUUAGAGCACCUUUUUCAUGUUUGAUACCAGUAUAUUUUACCCUAUAAAGGCUUUAUAGUCUUCUUUUUUGAAGGGUUGCCAUCAAAUUUAAUGGUGCUUGUUUACUAAAUAAAAAUACAUACAGUAUUACUUGUUAACUAUUUUUUUAAACAUUUGUUAUUGAAAUGUAACAAAAUUACACAGCUUUUUCUGUUAUCAAGACAUUUAAAAUAAAUUGAAUGACAAGAUUAAAUUGUUAAAAUUCAAGUUAUGAUAAGUGAACUUUUAUAUUAUUAAUUUAAUAUUAAUUUAAAGUUUUUUAUUUGAUUGGUUGGUGGUUGUUUUUGAUUUAUUAAGUCAUUUCAUCAUUUAUUGGAAUACUUUAUUUCCUUUAAUCUUAAUGAAUAUGAACGGUCCUAUUCAUUUGUAAUUUUGUCAAUGUUGACAUCUUAGUACACUUUAUUGUAUACCUUUUUUAUAAGAAUUUGUUUUGUAGUAUAUUUAGUAUAUUCAGAUCGUCUAGUCAGAGUUAUUCUGUGUUAGUUGUAACCAAUAGAAGUUUUGGACCAAGCCUUUUUGAUAAGUGAUAUAGUUAAUGUUGUUUUUUUUGCAAUACUUGAACAUAGGCUAGUAUUUAUAUAUGAAAACAGUUGAAUUUUUUUCAUCGCAACAUUGUGACUUAGACAUUGUGACUAUAAUGUUAUGGGACUGUUUUAAACAUAUGGCUGUUGUUUUAAAUAAAUUCAGUUAUGCAGAGAAUAUAUAAUGAUCGUGUUGUAUUUUGAUGCUCCCAUACAAUAUGGGGCAAGCGUAUCAUUGCUGUUGUGAUUAUCAUCCUUCUUUCUAUCUGUCUUUCUGUCACAGUUUAUUGUACUUACUAUUUAUUAGCUACUACAAACAUUUAAAACGCUUUGUUACCAAGGUAAGCUUUAUUCCACUGCUUCUGUUUUUUGUCCAGAAAUAUGGGACUACGAAGAUUAAUGAUUUUAGAAGUUAAAACACAAUGCAUGCCUUUUCUGUUUAGGGAAUUUCUCAUGAAGUACUAGCUGGUCUUCAACAAAUAUUUAUUGAAAGCUUACCAAGAAGGGUGCAUACUACAAGGUCCUUCUGUUUCAAGUAUGUGUCUCAAAGUUCUUGGACUUAGGAAUAUUGUGACAUAAAUUAACAAUUAGUAAAUUUUUGUGGAAGCUAUCUGUCUACAACUGCCAGGUGCAGAUUUUAGAGAGAAAAUAGAGAACUUCAUGACCAAGAGUUGAUAACCUUCUACAAGGACUAUUUAUUUAAAUGAUUUUUAUGCCCCUGGAUCAAAUGAUCGGGGGUAUAUUGUUUUUGACCUGUCUGUCUGUCAUUGUAUGUUUGUGUCUGUCGUUAAAACUUUAACCUUGCUCAAAACUUUUGCAAUAUUGAAGAUAGCAACUUGAUAUUUGGCUUGCAUGUGUAUCUCAUGGAGCUGCGCAUUUUUAGUGGUGAAAGGUCAAGGUCAUCCUUGAAGGUCAAAGGUCAAAUAUAUGGCUUCAAAGCGCAGUAGAGGGCAUUGUGUUUCACAAACACAGCUUUUGUUCUGAGAGUUCUUAACAAAUUUGACAUGUUUUUAUUUGUUAGUCAUUUUUUACUUGUCUGGUCUUUUCUAUAAACUUUGUUAAAAAUGCCCCUGUAGCUAAAACUGGCCAUGGCACAGGUUCCCAUUUUAAAUUGUUAAAUGUGCUACAUAUUGGUGCAUGUAGCAUUAAGGGAUAUUUGUUAACACUGUGAUAAGUUCUCAUGUAGAUAUGGUUGAUGGUUUUGCAUCUAUGAGUAUUGUACAUUUGACUAAUUUAUUUGUGAAUUCCUUAUUAGUUGAUUGAUACUGCUUUACAAAGAGCAGUGGGGAACAUCCAUCCGUUCACUGAUUUCUUUGUUUACAGUUGAAAAUCAGUUUUUAUGAAACCAACAUUUUAUAAUAAUCAUACUACUAGUAAAUAACUUUGUUAUAUAUAGUGUUUGCAUAUUGGCAAUAAGACAUGUAUACAGGGGUACCUCAUCAUGUAUUGAUUAUUCAUAAAAACCUUUCUACAACCGUUCUCCCUCUUACCACACAUUCAAGUUGGGCAGUAACUGACAUGUACAGUUGUGCACUUAAAACUGGUUGACCAGCUUAUUUCUUUAUUUACAUUCUUGGUGAAACCAGAUAACAAUAUCACAAAACAUAAAAGCAUAAAACAUAGUUACACCAAUGUUAUUCUGACAGCUGUAAUUAUCAAAUAAUAUAUAAAUAUUUAAAUAAAUUCAAAUCUUUAUAUUAUAACAGUUAUAAAAAUUAGUUAUCAAUUGAAAUGCUAUAUUUAACCUAUGGAUAACCCAUUAAGCUAAAAGCUUAUUUCCAAUUGGAUCCAUCAAAAGUAAGAGAAAAAAUUAUCAAGUUGUUAUAAUAUGAUCUAACUUAUACACAUAUACUUUGAUUUUUGAUUGAGAGAAAACAUGUGAAUUACCUAGCGUUUUGUCUCAAUCCGACAACUAAACCAAUGUUAACAAAAAAUGAAUAACAUUACCAAACAUUAGGCUUGACUAAAUAAAUAUUAUUGCAAAUAUGGAAAUAUUUCAAUUCAAAUAGUAUGUAUCACAGAUUCCAAUUGUUUCUAUAUCACAGUCAUAUUCUUAUAUCAAUAAUACAUAUAUAUGUCCUCACUUCUCUCAGUUUGUUUGUCUUGUAGAUGUUUCUUAACCAAUCUUUUAAAUUUGUCAAAAUGUUCCACUUUUUAGCUCGACUAUUAUUUAUGAAAUACAUAUUGUGGAGCUAUCCUACUCACCCCGGCGUCGGCGUUUCCGUUCCGUUAGCGUUAGCGUGCAAAUGUUAAAGUUUUCAUACUACCCCAAUUAUUUUCAUUGUCCCUUGACAUAUUGCUUUCAUAUUUUGCAUACUUGUUUACCAACAUGACCCCAACCUAUAAACACGAGCAGACAACUCUAUCAAGCAUUUUGUCAUAAUUAUGGCCCCUUUUCCACUUAAGAUAUGCAGCAAAAAAUUAAGUUUUUGUACUACCCUGUUUAUUUUCAUUGUCCCUUGACAUAUUGCUUCAUAUUUUGCAUACUUGUUUACCAACAUCACCCCAACCUAUAAACAAGAGCAGACAACUCUAUCAAGCAUUUUAUCAUUAUUAUUGCCCCUUUUAUACUUAGAAUAUGCAUAUUAUUGAUAAAUCUUUGUUAAAGUUUGCGUACUACCCCAAAUAUUUUCUAUAUCCUUUGACAUAUUGCUUUUAUAUGUUGCAUACUUGUUUACCAACAUGACCCCAACCUAUAAACAAGAGCAGACCACUGUAUCAAGCA